AUGUUUCCUGUGCGAGCGCCUAUUGUUCCAAAAUAUGGAAUGAUAGUGCACCCACCUAGAAGGAAAGUUCAAGUCAACAAUCCACCAUUACCACCUUUGAAUCCAAUGAUUACAAUUCCAAUUACGAAACCAGUUAAAUCUGCUCGUGUUCCUAAGAUGAAAGAAAAGCUUCCGGAGCAAAUAAUAUUCACAGGACGCAUCAACCCUCUAGAGGCAUUAUCAAAAUAUCCGUUUUUAUUAACUGAUCGAGAACAUUCCGAAAUUUUGCAUUAUGAUGAUAUCUAUUAUAUUCGAUUAGCACCACCCCACAACACACCGCAACCGAAAUCAACACCUAAUUACUUUCAUUUUGUUCCAAAUGACCACAUAGCUUACAGAUAUCAACAAUUAGAGGUAUUAGGCAAAGGUUCAUUCGGAACAGUUAUUAAAUGUCUUGACCACAAAACGAAAGAACUUGUUGCAAUUAAGUUUUUAAGAGAUACCAAGAAAGUUCACGAUGAAAUUUUGUUUGAGAACAAAAUCAUUUCAAGACUACAAGAUGGCGAAAACUCUUCAACAUCAGGAAUCAUACGAUACAUAGAAUCCUUUUCUUUUCGAGAAUUCUUUUGUAUUGUAAUGGAAUUACUCUGGAAAGACACAUAUACAGUUCUUGAAGCCAGGCAUUUUGUUGGCUAUAGUAAGAAUAUCAUCAAAAUGGUAGCUUAUCAAUCUGCAAAAGCCCUUGAUUUUAUGCAUAAACAUAAUAUUGUCCAUUGUGACAUAAAACCCGAAAAUAUUAUGUUUAUAACCGAACAGAAAAAGAAUAUUAAGAUCAUUGACUUCGGUUGCAGCUGUUUUUCCGGAGAAAUUAUGUUUACAUAUAUCCAAAGUCGAUUUUACCGAGCUCCGGAAGUUGUCCUUGGCAUUGAGUACGAUAGAGAAAUCGAUAUUUGGUCGCUUGGCUGUGUUCUUUGCGAAUUAGUCACAGGAAGACCUUUAUUUGACGCGGAUACCCAGAUUGAUCUCCUGGCCAUGAUAAUAGAGACCAUCGGGGAACCGCCAAAAUCGAUGCUGGAUCGAGGUUCCUACACAAAGAAAUUUUUUGAUGGAAGGAACUUGAAGAUACAGUACAAUAAAGAUGUAAGAAUCCCUGGACCACCUAAAUCAAGGUCAUUGGAAGCUGAAUUAAAUGUUUCUGACGCUCAAUUUAUUGAUUUGAUUCUUGGAUGCUUGAAAUGGGAGCCAUCUGAAAGAUAUACCGCAGAAGAAUUAAUGAACCAUCCAUUUUUAGCCGAUUAUAGAUCCGGCUUAUAA